GAGCCUUUCGACUCAGUUUUAACGCGCACGCUUUAUGAAACGACAACUAUGCGUCGAUGUUCGCUCGCUGCCGAUAAUUAUUCAUAUCGGAACCGAUUCUAGCAACGAAAAUAGCACCGGUACACAAAUUCGCGAUUCUUAAUGCCGGCGAUAAUCAGUUUAUUUUUUUAUUAAUAUUUUUUUCUGUCGCCCGCCGCUGCCGGUGUCUCCGCGAAUCUUAAUAGCAGUUAAUCAUAGUUUAUUUUUACCGCGCAACGUGUGCUAAUAAUUGUGUUGGAGACACGGUUUGUUUCUUUUAUUCUCAGCUCUGGUGUCUGAUUGAAUCGCGCAUUGCGGAAGUUGAUUCGCGAAUAAUUUGUCAACAUAAUUAAGAUUAUUUCUCGCGUUAGUUUGGCAGCCGUGACCGGUGUUCGCGAACGUGUUUGAAAAACUUUGAAAAAGGAACGAUUUUGGCGGGAGCGCGGAGGAGGUGUUGGCCGCGGAGUUUUUACUGGACCGAAAGUUUUGAAAAGUGUUGAGCACACAUCGGGUACGGCGAGUGUUUUUUCAACGCGUUUUCGAGGCUAAGCGCUAGCUAAUGUUUGAACAAGUGUGUUUUCUAAUGGAUUUAUUUUGAGAUUGUAUUCAAAACAUAAGGAGUCGUACCGCUUCAGUCAUACUUCGAGGCUUCAAGAGUAUUGUCGAGGUGUGCUGCAGGGCGGUGCGUUGGGUCACGAACUAUAAACAUUAUACAUAACAGUGAAGUGGUAUCAAAAACUGCUAUAAUCUGUGACACCUGGAUGUGUCUCCAACGGGACGAAGACGAUGGUUACCUCAUAGAUGAAGCGAGUCCAAUGGUGCAACUACCAAUACUGGGUCCGGAGUCGGCUUUGAACUCAACCCCGGGUGGGGCAGCCAAGCCUCCGCCUCUCAACUCAUUCGAGCUGGACCGCUGUUUGGACAGAGAGGAGACCGGCAGGUGGGGUGGCGAAGCGGCGCGACGCCGCAGACGCAGCUCACCGCGGCGACCCUCCCCGCCGCCGAACAAUGAGCCCAUCUCGCUCACCAGGGCAUCAGCACCAACAUCCCCGAACGGCGGAUCAGCACAGUCAAGCCCGGCACCUGUAUCACCGGCUGGCAGCAGUAGUGCCCCUCCCAGAUCGCCCCUACCUCUAGUAGCACCAGACUUACUAGCCAUGCAGCUGUUAGAUCAGCACUCGCAGCUACAGGUGCUGAUGAAGCAGCGGCUUUUCCAUCAGCACCAUAUGCAGAAACAGCACAUGUCAUCGGAAGCAGCAAAACGGCAGCUGGAGCAGUCCCGAUUACAAGAACAGAUAAAUCUGAAUCUGCUUUCGCAGUCCCAUCUCCCACCUCCGGAUAGUUCACCUAGCUCUCUACAGCAGCAACUAGGUGCCCAGCAGCAACAGCUGGUGCAGCAGUUACAGGCGGUGCAGCGGCAGUACUUGAUGCACGCGCCCAUAUCCGUACCACCUAACGCUCCCACAGGGUUAAUGCUAUGGGGUGGCGAGAUAGAAGAGCAUCCGCUGUUUGGCAGGGGUGUAUGCAAGUGGCCGGGUUGUGACGCCCUGGCAGAGGACUUUCAGGCUUUCCUCAAGCAUUUAGAAGGUGCGCACACACUCGACGACCGGUCGGCUGCGCAGGCGCGAGUCCAGAUGCAAGUGGUAGCGCAACUUGAGUUGCAACUGCGACGCGAGCGCGACCGCCUCGCCGCCAUGAUGCGACACUUGCACGCAGCAAGGGACAACCACCACGCUAAGCUACCACACGGAGCCCCAAGCGAAGGAGCUUCGCCUGGUCCAGUGAGGCGACGGGUAUCUGACAAAUCUGGUGUAGCUAUUGCUGGAGAAAUUCAACGUAAUCGUGAAUUUUACAAAACAGCAGAUGUCCGGCCACCGUUCACUUACGCCUCACUUAUAAGACAGGCCAUAAUUGAAUCUCCCGACAAACAACUGACCUUGAACGAGAUUUACAACUGGUUCCAGUCCACUUUCUGCUACUUCAGACGUAACGCUGCCACUUGGAAGAACGCGGUACGUCACAACCUGUCCCUGCACAAGUGCUUCAUGCGCGUCGAGAAUGUCAAGGGCGCGGUUUGGACCGUGGAUGAAGUGGAGUUCUACAAACGCCGGCCGCAAAGGGCUGCGCACGCGCCGCCACCGCAGAUGCACGCCGGGUUCAUGGGAGCCCAGAGUCCUCCAAUGAUGACAAGCCCCCACGGAUAUUCCGAAGCUCUGAAACGAAAUCUGCAGGGUAUGAUGGAAGAAUGCAAUCUGUCUUACAUGUCCGGAGAUGACCACAUGAUUCAAAGUGAGGAUUAUCCAUCAGCACACGAUGAUUACAGUCGGCCACCAAUGAUUAACGGAUAUGGCAGCAGCACUUCCUCACACGACGUGAAGGCGGAGGACCUCAGCGGAAACGACGCUCAGGAUAUUAAGCCGAAUCUAUACGCUCUGAAAAAUGAGAUGCAAGCUUCGGAUUACACCAACAAAGAUUAUCAAAGUUCUACUAAAGAAUCAUCAAGCAAUCGCUCCAGCGAAACUAGUCCGUACGACGACUAUCCACGUUCGGAGGACAGAUACCGUGCUUCCAUAUCCCACAUCAAGGACGAAGCCGAAAACCUAUCACUCAACGAACAGAGAUCUGAGAAAUAAAGUCGAAAAGACUUUAAAGCCAAGCAGAAAAUACGGCUAAUGACAACACUAAAUAAAAGGAGGUUUUUAUCAAGAGGCUGAAUAAGUGUCGAAGCAAAGUAAUUUAUUAAUUUAACCAAAUCUUAAUAAAUUAAUUAAUACAAAAUCUGUUUAGCGAAUUGUGAAUUUAAAAAAAUAUAAUCAACGAAUUGUAAGAAUUUACUACGAUCGCUGUAAGAAUUCGUGGCGUUGUGAUUGAUCGGUCGAAAUUCUGAACGUUACAGAAGUGAAAUUAUGAACUGAAUUUAUAGCAAUACGAAGCGAUUUUGUGGUUAUUAUUCUAUGGACGUUUUCCGUGUAUUAUCUAGAGUAGUGUAGGAUAUAAUAUCACAGUAUGUAAUACGAUUUAUAUUUACGGGUUUAGAUCUAUUUCAAGUUUGCAAGAACGGUGUUUUAAUGUGUUCACUGUUGGAUUUUUAUAAUUAAAGUAUAAAUGGAUCGAUUUAGGGAUAACCAAAUAUUAUUUUUUUUCACUUUAUUUUUAUUAUUUGCCCGGUUUUUACGGGAUAUUUGAAGUAUUAUAGGUUUAACAAUUUAUUUUUUAUGUUUUUUUUAUUUCCUGUUUUUAAGGUAAUAGCUAAAGUUAAAUAUUUCGAAUUGUUAGAAGUUAUUUUAGUGUAAGUGUUAGAUUUAAAGUUGGAUGAAUAAUCGGACAGUCAACGAUAGACAACCUUAAAAGGUCCAUAUCAAUAUUUAAAAUUAUAUAAUCAUUAUUUGUAAUAAACAAAUACUUAAGAACAAUAAGUAGUGUUAUUGGUCUGUCGUAGAAUAAUAUGGUACAUAAACUUCUAAACACGCAUAGCGUUUUGGUUCGAAAUCCAUUCCUUGUUAGUUAUUUCACGUUUUCGCUUUUAGUGUUGUUAUAUUUUAUUUACCAACAUUUUUAAUAGAUCUACUUAAAAUCUGACAAGGAUACAAAAUUUACGAAGAUCUCAAGUUUUUUUUUUUAACCAGCCAGAGUUGCUUUUAAUAAUUAAGUACUAAAGUAUACGGAAUUGAUUUAUGUAUGAUCUGACUAGUUAUUUUUUAAAUGUAUUUUUGUUUAAGAUUUCACAUAGCGUGCCAUAAGCGGGAUUUACAUAAGAGUGUCGCAUCAGAAUGUUGACAAGCGUGACGAUUCAAAAGUUGACCUUUAUUUUUUUGGAUUUUGGAGCAAUAUAUUUUAUAGGAAUAUAAACUGAUGUUCCCUAAAAUUUAGCGUCGUAGCGUAGCGUAUAUUCGUCCGUAUCAGUAUGUGCUGGAGCCUGAAUAUGCUGAAUUUUUCUUAUACACAUUUUAUGUAAUGCACAUAGAAAAUGUCACAACCGUUUUAUACUUGGUUUGAUUUACCAACAAAGCGUUCAGCUUCUGUUUUUAUCUUUACUAAAUACUUAAAUUUAACAAGCUAAUUUAAUUUUGCUAAAUUUGACGUUUUUAAGUCUUCAUAUUCGUAUAUCCAUAAACAUUUUUAGCACUUCACUCUCUUUAAUUAUAUUCAAAAUAUGGUUUCUUAGCGAGUUAUUUCCUUUUGUUAUAUAAUUUCCUUAAAGUGUUAAAACUCUGCUCCAAGUAAUUAAAUUCUACAUUUAAUUUGUAAUUUUCUGGCUGUCAGAUUUUGUAUCGGAUAGUGACGUUUCUGUUCUACAUAAAAAAAUGAAAGAAGUAAAUUUAAACAUUUUUUGUCACCAUUAUACAGUAUAAAUUUAUUUCUACUAUCUGAUUUUUGACUGUUUGAUGAAUCAUGAUACGAUACUCUUGUUUCAAUCCGGCGAUAGUUAUUAUCGAUGGUACUUUUGCUUAAUUGUGAUUGAAUGGAAUUGUUUUAGGCUGUAAAUAUUUAUCAUGAAUGUCAAAUGUAAAUUGUUUAAGAAUUAAAAUUUUAAGCUUAUAAAUAUUGGAUAGAAGUUGCGAGUUACUUUACGGAAGCCCAUGAUAUGCAGUGAUCAUCUUAAUUGGCUAAAAUCCACACUAACCAGACAUAUCUGUUUCGUGUGCUUUUUUGUUAUAUGCCAAUUGCCACACCACACAUAUUCUUCUCCUCAAAAUUACUACUACUAAACUACGCUUCUACACUAGGUAUCCUAGUGGAAUCCUAGUGGAAGUUGAGUUUACAACCCACAAUAAAUAAUUGAUUGUGAAGUGAAUUUACGUUGUGAAAAGAAUGAUGUGCGUCGCAUUGCGGAGAAAAGCAAAGCAAGUGAAGCAAAAUGUUUGUUGUAUAUCGUAGGCUUAUGUAAACGUUCACGUAUAAUAUAAAUGAUGCAUAUAUUAAAUCGUUCAUGUUGUAGGAAAUUUAGACAAAAAAAAAUAGUAGUAAAAUUUUCACUGUAAUAGAUAACCGAUUCUGAGAAUUGUUUUUAUGUAAAAAAAAAAAUGUGAAUUCGUUCAGAAUUUUUAGUGUUUCAUAAUAUUCUUGUAAGCAUUUAUUAAAAUAAUCGUCAAUAGAGUUUGAUCGUGUAAUUCCGAAUAAUUAUUAAAUAAUAAAGAAAGGGUGGAAAUUAUCAUAUCACAACUAACUAUGUAUUUAUAGAAAAUAAAUAGUUCUGUAACUUUGAUGGAUAUAUUCAAAGCAUUUAAAAUAUUUGUAGGAAUAAUAUUAUGUUGCACUACACUUUCCAAUAAGUGACAGUUCCAAUAUUUUUUAAGAAAAGUUAAUGAACGUACAACAGUGUGUACAAAAGAUAUUUUCUUAUUUUCUAUCAAAUACAUUUUUUUUCUUAUAUUUUAAUGAGAAAGAAGCCUAAUUUACGACAUGUUGUUUGUUUUUAUAAUAUUUUGACUGUCCUAUGCUGUACUGGAUCGUACUUAAAGUUUGUCAUGAAAAAUAACUUUUCAAUCGCGUACCUAAAACAUAUUCUUUUUAAAGUUGAAUUUGGUUUAAACACAAACUAGUACUGUGAAAUAGCUGAUAUACAAUUCUUAUUGAUACUCUUUCUUCUUAGCUUAAGCUAUAAAAGGUUAUUAAGGUAGUUUGUGUUAUCUACAAUUUUAUAUAUUACUUUAUUUGAAGUCAUGAAAAGUUUAAAACAACAUAAUAUGGCAUUAUAGACUUCUUAUUACAGCGGGAAAGACUGCACAGAUUUCGGUAGAAACUGUUUAGUUUUUCUUCGACAGAAAAGUUGGUAUGAGAAUUUAAUCGUUAAAUAUACGUAUUUAGAGUUAUUAAAUUCAAAAAAUACCAAAUUCAAAAUGAAGUAGUCGGUAGUGCAGAAAUGUUUAAUUUGCGCUAUAGACUUUAUUUUUA